CAGGCUCUAGACUGUCUCGAUAAAAGAGCAAAGGAGAGAAAACCACUCUUGCCAGAUCUCAGCAAGCGGAGGAAGACUAAGAACCCAGAUACCUGAGCGAACAGAAUUAAUUGACACUUGUAAUAUCGACCGAAAUUUGUGGUUUAGCAAUGUCACACCGUCCCACAACCCGAGCUCUCCUCGCCGGCAUAGCAGCUUUCAGAAACGCUACUCAUCAACAGGUGAGGCAGAUUUGCACCAAGAACUGCAUCAACUGCAAGACCACCAGAUCUCUGAGUCUUGCAUCCAAAGCCUGGCAACAGCAUCAGGUGAAGGAAGCAGUCGAGUUGCCAGUUCCAGGCGUCCCAAUCUCCUCUACCCAAGUGAGCAAAGAUUCAGUGACCGUCAAAUUCGGUGAUGGCAGCGAGAGCCCGAUGCCCUACGUGUGGCUAAGGGACAACUGUCGGUGCCCCGACUGCUACAGCAAUGAUGCCCUGGGCAGGAAAUACCUCCUGACUGACCUCGACGUUGAUGUACAGCCACUGGAUAUCCAGAAUGAUGGUAAAUUCAUAAGUAUCAAAUGGAAUGACGGGCACGUGUCCGAGUACCCAGCUGAAUGGCUCCAUGCCAGGGCAUUCACUCCAACAGCCAGAGCCCUCAGGAGGAAAGUUUAUGCUCUGCCAAGGGAACCCUGGGGCUCCAACCACAAGCUGCGAGAGUUCGAUUACGAGGCGAUGAAGCGGGACGAUAAAGUCCUCCUCGAAUGGCUCCUAACUAUGGAGACUCAAGGAUCUGCGAUGCUCAAGAAUGUGCCAGAUAGAGACGUCGCAGGACCCGAGAUGAUUGAACACAUCGCAUUUGUCAAACAAUCCCAUUAUGGACCCCAUUCUCCAGUGAUCAACAGACCAAACACCAACAACGUCGCUUUCACCAACGCCAAAUUGGGGAUGCACAAUGACCUUCCUCAGUACGAGCAAAUGCCCGGGAUCAUCUUCAUCCACUGCCUGAAGCAGCACGUCGGCACCGGAGGUGAGAGCGUCGUUGCAGAUGGACUCUUUGGCGCCGAGCUCCUCCGGAGGGAACACCCGGAGGCCUUCCACAUCCUGACCACCACCGACUCCUACUUCUGGGACAAAGGGCACGCCAACUUCUCCUGGGAGAUGGACGAGUUCUACAAGAUCUCCAAGUUCCCCAUCAUCACACUUAACAACAGUCAAGAGGUCAUUCGAGUUGCUGUCAACAACGCCAUCCGGGACUCCUACAUCGACCUGCCAUCGAAUAAGGUCAAGAAAUUCUACGAGGCCAUGAAGCUCUUCAACGACAUUCUUUACGCCAACUCCUCCACCUUCAAGAUGGACACCGGCGACCUGAUGACUCUGGACAACGUGCGGUGCCUUCACGGCCGUGAAGGCUACGAAGCCUUCAGCGACCGGCACAUCGAGUCUUCUUACCUCGACUGGGAUGAGGCUCGAUGCCGCCGGAGGAGAAUCCAAGAGAAACUUGGUCUACUCAGGACUGUGUGAAGCCUGUGCAUGGACAUAUCUUUUUUAUGUAUAUGAUACUGAUUUAUAACGUCACUCCCAGUGAUAUAUAUUCACAAGUGAAGCCUUGAAAGGUUUUUAGUCAAAGGGAGACGAAGAAGGAAUAUGGGAGUUGGUAGAAAGUAGUCUAUUAUGAAAGCCUAAAAAAUUAUUCGUAAUGGCUCCCGUCUUCAGAUGUCACAGGCUGUCAACUUCGAGUAUUGUUUCUCCAGUUAAGCUGUUGUCUCCAUCUAUGCUACGAAUCUGUUUAGAUAUGAUUAUUUUUUGCACAUUUCCUUAAUUUCAUCAGUCAUGCGUCUAGAGUAUAGUGCAUUUUAUAUCAUUUGUCUUCAUUAUGUCCCAUGUGUUCCAGUGUAAUUAUAGAUGUUACAGGGUGUCAACUUCAAGUAUUGUUUCCUAUGCUUAACUGUUGUUUUCAUAUAUGCUUCACAUCUCUUUAUAUAUGAUUAUUUUUUGCACAUUUCCUUAAUUUCAUCAGUCAUGUGUCUGGAGUAUUAUGUAUUUUAACUAAUUUGUCUCCAUUGUGUCUUCAUGUGUUCCGCGAAUGAACACUAAUUAUCAUAUAUUUAUUACACGGAAAUUAUUUUUGUAACAAUUCUACAAUUAAUAAAACUUUUCAAAAAAGAA